AUGUCGACCAUCCACGGAAACAUGACCGGGGAGAUCAACCAUUUGCAGAUGUUCCACGAUGGAAGCCUCCACAUGAGCAACAUGGUUAACCCGGAUUUUCGGGGCACGGACGUAACCAACUAUUUGGCCGCGGCCGCUUCGGUCCCACGGGUGGACAAAUGCGUGGCUAUACUGACCCACCGGAGAAAGAGAACCAACUUCACCCAGCAGCAGAUUGAAGUGCUGGAAAAAGUGUACUCAGAUACCAAAUAUCCGGACAUCUACCUGAGGGAGCGUCUGGAGGCGCUCACCGGCCUGCCCGAAUCCAGAAUACAGGUGUGGUUCCAGAACAGAAGAGCAAAAUCCCGUCGACAGGUAGGCUCUUCAGCCACCAUGAAGGCCCCGAACCCGCCACCAUCCUUUAGCACACUCCCACACAGAAUGAACCACAACAAAGUUUUCGACAACGGCCGCCUUGCCGAAGCUCACGGAAUGACCGCUUUCAGACAAGAGGAUGCCUACAGAACCCCGGUCGAGAACUCCCACAGGCCCAAAGCCGGCGUCCGCCAGUUGCCGACGUCCUGCCUUUACGCAAAAGACGCGAGUCUAGCAAAGCCGGAAUUGAGCGUGGACGUCCCUUGCAGCAAUGCGCCGAUCUACCCCUCAGAGGACAACGAUCCCAAGGUUCUGGUGGAGUACGACAACUUCCCGCCCAACAAGACCAUCGGACCGGAGAUGAAGGUUGUAAUUCCGCCUAUCCCUGCGCAGAACAACUUUGGCAGAUUAUCACCAAAUGCCAGCGGACCGCUGCGGUACCCGCCAGCAAGGGCGGCAGGGGACGCGUUCACAGACGCGCCGGAAUUUUCCGAAUCGGACUCCGACUGGGAGAGCGAGGCCAUGGUCGGAUUUGACAGUUUUAUAUAA